GGGCUAGAAUCCGUGUGAUGGACAGGCACGGCCCCCCUAUGACUCUGUGUUUUAUUCUGUUUUUAGAGCAGCAGCGUCACAUGUUGUUUUUCUCCAGGAUCAGAUCAGUCCCUGGUCUGGUCUGGUCCCGCUGCACUGUCUCUUCUCCUGUGGCAGCGGACACAGCUCCUCUGCUAUGGAGGCGAUUUAAACAUAUAUAUAUAUAUAUAUAUAAAUAUAUAUAUAUAUAUAUAUAUAUAUAUAAAAGCUUUUUAAGUUUCUUUUUUCCAACAACUCUCUCUCUAUGAAAGGACUUUUCGUUUCUGGGAUUUGAAAAAAGAGAUUGAAGAGAGACAUGGCAAGUCCUCCAGCGACGGGGGGACACCUGUUAUCUAACGGGACGAAUGGAGUGAAGAAGUACGGAUACCUGAGGAAGCAGAAGCACGGGCACAGGAGGUUCUUCGUGCUGCAGGAGCCCACCGAGAGGUACCCUGCGCGCCUGGAGUAUUACGAGAGCGAGAAGAAAUGGAGGAACAAGUCCGCCGCCAAACGGGUCAUAACUUUGGACUCCUGUCUGUGCGUAAACAAGCGCGCCGACGCCAAACACAAGCACCUCAUCGCCCUCUACACCAAGGACGAGUAUUUCGCUGUGGCUGCUGACAACGAGCAGGACCAGGAGAGCUGGUUCACUGUGCUGACUGAUUUAAUAGCAGAGGGGAAAGUGUAUGACAGCCCUGCAUCCACUUCCUCUCUAGUGGGCUUUGAGGAAUCCAGCUAUGGACUUAUUACUCCUGCAACAGCUGCCUAUAAAGAAGUAUGGCAGGUCAACUUGAAAUCUAAAGGCUUGGGUCAGAUAAAGAACCUCACCGGAGUGUACCGGCUGUGUUUGUCCAGCCGAACCAUCAGCUUUGUCAAACUGAACUCAGAAACAGCUGCAGUUAGUUUGCAGCUCAUGAACAUCCGGAGAUGUGGGCAUUCAGACAGCUUCUUCUUCAUAGAAGUGGGCAGGUCGGCGGUCACAGGACCAGGGGAGUUCUGGAUGCAGGCGGAGGACUCUGUUGUGGCGCAGAACAUCCAUGAGACCAUCCUGGAGGCGAUGAAAGCCAUGAAGGAGCUCUCAGAGUUUAGGCCGCGCAGUAAAAGCCAGUCAGCCAGCACUAACCCUAUCUCUGUGCCCACAAGACGCAACCUCAACAACCUCCCCCCAAGUCAGACGGGCCUGGUGAGGCGAUCCAGAACAGAUAGCAUGGCUGCAACAUCCCCAGGGAGAAAGUUCACAUCCUGUCGGAUAAGAACGGCCAGUGAGGGGGACGGAAGCGUGACCCGGCCUGUGUCCAUGUCCAUAUCUGUGAACGGAAGUCCCACCAGCCCCAACUCUGGAAUCCUCAGCAGGUGCAACACCCUCAGCAGCGGGCGCACCUGCAGGAUGCUAGAGUCCUCCUCCAACCUGCAUCACAGCCGGUCCAUGCCAGUGUCCAACUCCCCUCCAGCUGCCUCCAGCCCCAUCAGCAUGUCUCCCCGAGGGGGGGCCGGCAUCUGCACUCCAGAUAAAGCGAGGCGACCCUUCAGCUGCAGCGCCUCCAUCUCCGGCUCCCUCAGUGACACUGGUUUCAUGCUGUGUGACGACUACAGCUCCAGCCCAGGUGAGCUGAGAUUCCUCCCCCUGACCCGCAGCGACACCCCUGACUCUCUGUCCAGCACCCCUCCUUCCCGUGACAUCAGCGACCCUUGUGGCUACAUGAUAAUGGAGGGAUCCAACGGCAGCAGGUCCGGGCUCAGCUGCGAGGGUCUUGCUUUCGAAAAGGCGUACAGAAAGAGGACGCACUCCCUCACCACGCCACGUCAACAGAGAGUUGUGGCGCCGUUAUCAUCAGCCUCCCUUGACGAGUACACCCUCAUGAGGAUGGCCCACAGGCAGAACUCUCACUCUGCCUCGCCUAAAGUGUGCUACCCGGAGGAUUAUGGAGACAUUGAAAUCGGUUCAUCCAGGAGCUCCUGUAGUAACCUUGGAGACGAUGGCUACAUGCCAAUGACGCCAGGUGUCGCCUCCCAGUCAGUUAAGGUCGACAACUAUGUCCCCAUGAGCCCUAUGUGUGUCUCAGCACCCAAGCAGAUAGUGAACCCAAGGGUGCAUCCGCAGGCGGCUGCCAGUGGUGGUUACAAGACCAACUCCCCCUGCAGCAGCUCGCUGGAAGACAACGGCUACAUGAGAAUGUGGUGUGGAUCCAAAUCAGCUACUGAUAGCCCAGACAGGAAUGGUGAAUACAUGAACAUGUCACCUGGAAACCCACCUCCACUCCAGACCCCCCCUGACUACUACCUGGGCCUGCUGGCUGGUGAACCUGCGUCAGUUCGGCCGUCUUACCACGCCGGCUCCCUCACGCUGCCUGCAAAACUUCAGGCCUCUAAGAGUGACGAAAGCAACCAGUACGUGUUAAUGAGUCCUCAAAGUUUGAGGCAGAGGGCGGGGGAGUCAGACUAUUAUUCAGUGAUGCACCCCAGCCAGACCUCACCGCUGAGCCCCUCAGUCCCCUCCCCAGUGAGGCAUGGCCGAGCAGAAAGCCUGCCUUACAGAGGACGGCUGGGCCGACCUAACAGACUAUCUCUUGACACCUUGAGGACCCUACCCAGCAUGAACGAGCACCCCCUUCCCGGGGAACCUCGCAGCCCCGGUGAGUACAUCAACAUCGACUUCAGCAGCGCAAGAUACUCCCCACCCUCCACUGUGUCCACUGAAAGCAGGUCUUCAUCACUCGGAUCCAGCGGCGGGGGACCAGGGAGGUCUUCUCUGUCGGACUACAUGAACCUAGAACUAGGCUCACACUCACCCAAAGAGGCUGACACACCAGCUGAGCGCUUAGACACGCUACAAGAGUUGUCCAUGUGCUCGGAAGAGGAUGGUGUGUAUCAUCUGGACCACGAGACAGGGUCUCAGGGCCUGGGUGGUGAUGGGAAAAAUGACUACACUGAGAUGACUUUUGGGAUGACCAGCUCGCCUCCACAACUUGUUCCUCAGAACGCAGCAAGCCAGAUAAGCAGGGAGAGGAGACUCUCUCUGGAGGACCAGGGAGUCCCAAAAAGCAUCGGGGUCUUCCUCCUCGGCGCCCCCUCUUCCUCCGCACUGGACCCCGACUGCUCCGCCAAGGUGAUCCGCGCCAACCCGCAGGGACGACGACGCCACAGCUCCGAAACAUUCUCUGCCACCACCACCGUGACGCCGGUCUUCCCCUCCUUCGCCCGCGGGGACGCAGUCAAGCGGCACAGCUCCGUGGAGAACAUCUCGUCCCGGAGCAGCGAGGGCUCCGACGAGGAGUAUGGCAGCCCCGUGAACCAGCACCAGAGCUCUGCGGGGUACCCCAACGGACUGAACUACAUCGCCUUGAACCUGCUGGACAACAGGGACAUGGAGAAAUGCGAGAACCUGGCAGGCUUCAAACCGACCAGCAGCUGCAAAGGUGGCAUCAAUGGAUUACACAGCUCGCCAUAUGUCUGUUUGGGAUUCAAGGAGGCUGCAACUACUGCCAAAGACUGAAGGACUCCUCCACCCUCCGACUUGGCAUCUCCACUGAACUGCUGCUCUUAAAAAACAAAGACUCUGCCCUGCCAGUGGGCUCUAUGGCCCUAAAAGACUGUUUGGACCCUCAGCGACACUCACACAAAUGCAUACACACACACUUUGGAAACAAGCAGGUCACCAUCUAUGCAUGUCAUGAAAUUCGCUGAAGGCGGGACAGGUGGAUGCGUGUUGUUUGGUGAAUUGGUGCCCCUGUGCUUUCAGGCGGCCAUUUCUGCUUUGACCCAAAUUUUUUGGCGCAAGCACAGAAGCAAAGAUAGUCAAGACGAUAACAGAACUCUUAAUGGUACCCAGAGACUAUUUAUUUACUUGAGGGUGGUUUUAUAACUGCCUGUGUGAGUGCGAGUGUGUUACAGAGACAAAGUAUGACCAACUUGUAGGUCACAAAAAUGAAACCUACUACAAAAACGGCCCAGGGAGUGACGAUACCAAGGUACACUGACUAAAUAACUAUAUUUAGAAUAGAUAUUUUAUUUAUUUUUGAAAGAAGAAUGUCUGAUAAGACCUACCCGAUGCCUUAAUGUCUAUACUGUCCUUAUGUUUUCUAUGAAAUAAGAGAUAAAUAUUCUAUUUCAGUAUGUCUGUUUGGACCUGCAUCUCUAUAUUGUUAUUCUGUUGUGGAAAGUGAGAAGCCUAGCUCAACUUAAAAAAUAUUUCAGAAAUGUACAGUACAGUGGGGCUGCUUGAGAUUUGAUUUAUCGUAUUAAUAUUAAAGUAUUUUCUUAAUUAAUAAUUUCUUAUUUAUUCUAACCUAGUUUAUUUUUGUCCAAUGAGAGAGCUUGACUUACAGAAAUAUAUUUCUAAAUGUCUUUAAUUAUGCAUGUCUUUAGCUGAGACCCCACAACCCCAGGCAUCUGAAUGCACUGUACCUCCCACAGUUCCUAAGCCUGAAACCUCACACACUCCUACCUUCAAACCUGCGGUCUGCUCUAAGCUUAAUGUGGGCCACCCUGCUGUGAUAUCAUUGGAGGGUACAUCUGUCCAGUUUAGUGGUGGAGCCGGCGGUAAAUGUCGAGGUUGAGGCACAGUUGAGACAGGUUUUUUUUUUGGGCUGAAGGGUGGGGGGGGGUUGCAGCAGAGAGAAAUAGUAUGGGGAGAGAGCCCAAGAGAGACAUCUGGAGCCAUCAUGGAGGUUCACUGGAAAACCAGCUGUGUAGAAACAUAGCUGAAUCCCAGACAGCAUAAAAACUGACCCAGCCAGCCGUACAGAUUUAAGUUACAGUACAAGCUGAAGCAAAAAGAGCCAGUAACUGUGAUCGCUAAUUAACUAAAUGCUAAAGUACUGAAGUACAGAUGAGUCAUCAAGUCAGUAAAAUUGGAACUACCUAAUAUUUGCUAGUUGUAGCUACCAAUACACACCAGCUGAUAUUAAUGAAGUUGUAAGAAGAGCGAUUCUAGUAUUAUUUAUUCUUUUAGAAGUUACUAAGCGUCUUCAAAGCUAGCUUGCGUACAUUUUGCACAACAGUAGACACUGUGGCCACAAGAGGAGAAACGAAAUGAUACCAAAUGAUUAAAUGUUGUGGAAGUUAAGAAUUUAGAAAGUAAGAUCAUCAGUUAGUGGUCUUACUAAGGCUGCUUCAUUAUAUCAGAAGAAAGUCAAACAUUUUUCAUUCCUGGAGAAUUGUCGUCAACUUUUAUCGGGCUUUGAACCUCCAAAAUGGCCGCCAGAUGUUUCGUUCCCAUUUUCCGACUUCCUGACUUUCUUGGUCUUUGUUAUCCACUGUGCCGACUCCACAUGGCUCACGACCCCUUUAGUGUACAGUAGAUUGUAAAACUUUGAAACCAUGUCUGAAUGUAUCGCUGAGCUCGCGAGAACACCACGAUAAACACAACGUGGGGGGAACGGUUUUCACGGAGUCGUAGAAUAUUGGAGCUGAACCACGAGAGGUUGUGGUAUCUAUUUAUCUUCAGAGUCUUGAAUGUGUAUAUUGUGUACAUAAGAGAGUUUAACUAAAAGAAAUCUAUUGAGAAUACAUAGAGAACUUAGAUUUUACCUAUGUUGCGAUGAUAUUCCUGUGUAAAGACUUUGGCUACAGAUUUUUAAAAAGGGGGCGGGGUUUUGCUUUGGGCUUGUACAGUGUAUUGUAUGCUUUUCUCCCUCACAGUCUCUGACUAUAUGAAAAAAUACUCUGUCUAUUUUAUUAUAGAGAUCUCUUUGCCUUGUCGACACACUUUACCUAAUGGCAUAUGCAAUAGUGACAUGAAUACAAUCUAGUUUACAACCGUGGAACCAAAUGUAACAUUGCAUUCAUGAUUCUUUUGUUCUUUUCGUGUCGAGCAGAAGCUGCUUUUUGCUCCUUGUACAUUUCUCUUUCUGCCAAGUGUUUCGUUUUUGUCGUUUGGAACUUUGUUCUUAACACUUCUCAAAGCGCUUUCCCCCAUUUCUGUGUCCAUGGACGGACUCUUCUUUUACAGAUUGAUCUUGGUAUGGCUCAGUCUGAAUGUGUCAUUGUCUUCCAUUGUACAUAGUUUAACAUACUGUUUAUUGUGAUGCUCACAAGAGAUGAUUAUAAUGAUUUAUAAAUUCUGGUAGUCGAGUAUUGCUUUUGUCUGUAUUGAUUAUGGAUAGCAACAAAAUAAAUGAAUUUAUUUAAAGAGGUA